CAUGCAAGGGUGAUGUCAUCGAGGCCGACGCGACCGGAGAAAGGCGAGCGCCGCUGGCGGUGCGGUUAGCGUUGGGGGGUCGUGGACCUCGCGUUGUCGAGGGGCCGUCGCAAGCUCAGCUGUUCCCGAAGGCGGUGACGAUGACGUUCACGUGAGAGACGACGUUCGUACCGGAAGAAGUAAGGCUGGGCGCGAUGCGCGAAGCCGGCUGCGUCGGUUGCCCGCCGCUAAACGUCGUCGGCACCGUGGUCCGCGCGUUCGGUGCUCUCUUCUUGGCCUGCGCGUUCCAGCAGCAACUCAUGGCUUCGCUUUACAUCGCCGCCGUCGUCGUGGCCCUCGCCUGUUACGCCAUCCACCGUGCGGCCCUGCCUCGCGUAGACGACGCCCUCGCGGCCGAGGUGAUCCUCGGAGUCGACGGCGGACGUGGUGACGGCGACAAUGAGCCGCUACCGCUGGUGUUCGCGCACAGGGGUGGUGGUCACGACGCGCCCGAAAACACCCUUGCCGCCAUCCGGGAGGCCAAGCGUAACAACGCCUCGGGAAUCGAGUUCGACCUCUCCUUCACGCACGACAGCGUCGCGGUCCUUUUCCACGACGACACCCUGGAACGCACCACAAACGGCGAGGGACCUCUAGCUUCGAUAACCUUCGAAGCCCUGCGAAAACUGGACGCCGCCACGAAUCACCCGUUUGCGGACCGCUACGCCGACGAGCGCGUGCCGACGCUCGAAGAAGGCGUCGAAGAGUGCGUCCGCCUGGGCCUGCGCCUCAUCCUGGACGUCAAGGAGUACGACCACAGAGCGGUCGCCCUAGUCGAUGAACUGUUCCGCAAGAGACCCGAGCUCUACCGUCGCGCCCUGGUCGCCUCCUUCUACCCGCAGUUCAUCUACGCGCUGCGGCGCCAGAAUCCGGACAUCGUGACGGCGCUCACCUGGCGUCCUGGUUUCGUCGCGUACGAGGACAUCGAGAACCUCAGGCCCCGCUACAAAUCGUCCUACACAAAGCACCUGUUUGCCCGGGUCGGUGACUGGGUGCUCGACCGGGCGCUACACGGCGGACUGCUUCCGUACCUGACCGGCGCCUCGGCUCUGCUGAUCUGCAAGAACGUGCUGAGCGCGGAGUACGUGAGGUCUUGGAAAGACCAGGGCCUCCACGUCCUGGCCUGGACCCCGAACCACCCGGCCGAAAAAGAGUUCCUGCGGAAAGUCCUAAGGGUGCCCAUCAUUACUGACACCCUGCGGCACGCGUAAAGACGGUGUUUGACACCUUUUUAGCACCCCUUUUUACAGCGCACGUAAUUAUUAUUUUUUAGUAGUGUAGUCUCCACAAAUUGCACGAACAAGGGAGUCUAAUGCGAUUAUUUCACCAGUACUAUUUUAAUCGAUUAGUGUAAAAAAUGUGGUAAAAAAUUCUAACUGCACAGGGAACUCUGUUGCAAUCAAACUUUCUCAGUGUGGCAUGUUGCUCUGCUCAUAUGAUGAGCAUGAGAGUAUAAUACAAUUGUCGCCC